AUGCAAUUACGGGAUAUGGCGCCUUCAUCGGCGCUCGUGGCCUCGCUGCUGGCUAUCCCGCAGCUGGCUUCCGCCUUCUACCUUCCAGGUGUUGCGCCGACGUCUUACAAGAAGGGCGACGUCGUUCCCCUUUAUGUCAACAGCAUUAAGCCCGUUGCCGCGCCCUCCGACUCGCGAUUGCACUCGGUCGUUUCCUACGACUACUACCACCCGGGUUUUAAGUUUUGCGAGCCCGAGCCCGCUCCCGAAUAUGUGUCCGAAAGUCUGGGCAGCAUUCUCUUCGGAGAUCGCAUCAUGACCUCGCCGUUCGAGCUUCGCAUGAAGAACGACGAAGUCUGCAAACCUCUUUGCAUUCAGAAAUAUCCCCCGGCUUCCGUCGGAUUUGUUAGACGCCGCAUUGAGCAGGGCUACAGCUUGAACUGGCUCGUGGACGGCUUGCCCGCUGGCCAGGAGAUUUACGACGAUUUCACCAACACGACCUUUUACAACCCGGGGUUCUUGAUGGGUGGCGCUGACGAGCAAGGCAACAUCAUUUUCAACAACCACUACGAUAUCCAUAUCGAGUAUCACCCUGUCAAUGGCGACGAGACCCAGCUGCGCGUCGUCGGUGUUGUUGUUGAGCCCAGUUCGAGAGCCUACCCCGGUCUUAUAGACUGCAACAACAAGAUGGAGCCAAUUAUCUUCAACGAGGAUAGUGGCGAGAAGGAGGUCAAGUUCUCUUACUCUGUCUUCUGGAAGGAGUCCAAGACGGCCUGGGCUACUCGGUGGGACAAGUACUUGCACGUCUUUGACCCCAAGAUCCACUGGUUCUGGCUCAUCGACACCGCCAUCAUUGUCAUAAUCCUGAUCCUUACCGUCAUGUCCAUUCUGGUCAGAGCACUGAAGAAGGACAUCGCCCGCUAUAACCGUCUGGAUCAGAUCAACUUGGACGAUUUGUCGGGUACUUCAGCACUUGAGGAUGGAGUUCAGGAAGACUCGGGCUGGAAGCUGGUACAUGGUGAUGUUUUCCGGAACCCAUCCCACCCCCUGCUUUUGUCGGUCCUUCUCGGAAACGGCGUUCAGCUGUUCGUGAUGACUGGCUUCACUAUCUGCUUCGCUCUGCUUGGUUUCUUGUCACCUUCUAACCGCGGAUCUCUCGGCACGAUCAUUCUCUUGCUCUACACUAUUCUGGGCUUUGUCGGCGGUUACGUUUCCGCUAGAACCUACAAGGCGAUGCAGGGUGAGAAGUGGAAGAUGAACAUUGCGCUUACCCCCAUACUCGUUCCGAGCAUUGUCUUCGGCGCAUUCUUCUUCCUCGACCUGUUCCUCUGGGCGAAGGAGUCCUCCGGUGCCGUGCCGUUCACUACCAUGCUGGUUAUUAUAGCCAUCUGGUUCGUUCUUUCUGUGCCACUUUCGUUUGCUGGCUCCUGGAUGGGAUUCCGGGCCUCUGCUCUCGAGCCCCCGGUCAGGACCAACCAGAUUCCUCGCCAGAUCCCCCCCGUCACCACGUACCUGAGGCCGAUCCCUAGCAUGCUCAUUGUUGGCUUGCUCCCCUUUGGUGCCAUUUUUGUCGAGUUGUAUUUCAUCAUGAGCUCUGUUUGGUUCAGCCGCAUUUACUACAUGUUUGGCUUCCUCUUCCUUUCUUACGGCCUCAUGAUUGUUACCACUGCCGCAGUUACCAUUCUCAUGGUCUACUUCCUCCUGUGCGCCGAGAACUACAACUGGCAGUGGCGUUCAUUCCUCGCUGCUGGCAUGAGCGGUGGCUACAUCUUUGCGAACUGCCUCUUGUAUCUCAUUACGAAGCUGAACUUGAGCAACUUGGCUGGAACUGUGCUCUAUAUUGGCUACAGCGCACUGAUUUCCUUCCUAUUCUUUAUCCUCACUGGAUCGAUCGGAUACUUCGCCAGCUGGUGGUUCGUCCGGAAGAUUUAUGCCUCCAUCAAAAUUGAUUAA